CUGGAUGGGGUAAACCUCAGUGCACUUCCUUUCUGUUGCCUCAGUAUUACUGGAUUGAAGAAUUGCUGCUUCUUGUUAGGAGGUUCAUUUCCAUUUAUCAUUACUUCCAACUUCAUCCUCAAAGCACUGAGAAUUUCAAGUGGAGUAUAUUGAAGUAGACUUCAGUUUCUUUGCAUCAUUUCUGUAUUCAAUUUUUUAAAUUCUUUCAUAACCCUUUUGAGUGUUUUUUAACUAAAUUAACAGGGCUCGAAUGAACCGCCCAGCUCCUGUAGAAGUCACAUACAAGAACAUGAGAUUUCUUAUUACACACAAUCCAACCAAUGCGACCUUAAACAAAUUUAUAGAGGAACUUAAGAAGUAUGGAGUUACCACAAUAGUAAGAGUGUGUGAAGCAACUUAUGACACUACUCUUGUGGAGAAAGAAGGCAUCCAUGUUCUCGACUGGCCUUUUGAUGAUGGUGCACCACCGUCUAACCAGAUUGUUGAUGACUGGUUAAAUCUUGUAAAAAUCAAGUUUCGUGAAGAACCUGGUUGUUGUAUUGCCGUUCAUUGUGUUGCAGGCCUUGGGAGAGCUCCAGUGCUUGUUGCUCUCGCAUUAAUUGAAGGUGGAAUGAAAUAUGAAGAUGCAGUACAAUUCAUAAGACAAAAGCGGCGGGGAGCUUUUAACAGCAAGCAACUUUUGUAUUUGGAGAAGUAUCGUCCUAAGAUGCGGCUGCGCUUCAAAGACUCCAAUGGUCAUAGAAACAACUGUUGCAUUCAAUAAAACUGGGGUGCCUGAUGCUGUUGCCUUGGAAGUAAAACUUGAGACAGGACCUAAUUUGUCAUAUGUACGUGUAUUAGCCAACACGUUGGCUUGAUUAAUGAAGCUUCCAUAGGAGUAUUGUAAAGCAGUUUUACCAGGCCACAAGCUUAACAGAAUUGCAACCUCUAAGUUUGGGUUACAGUCAACCUUUUUGGACACUAAGCAAAAGAUUCUUGCUGUUCAGCAUUUAAAUGUGCUUAUCAUUUGUACCAAUUGACCUUUCCUGAAAUCAUGCGGUAUUAUUGAGUUAUGUCUUGUUUAAAUCUAUUCCCAUGCCAGAAUCUUAUCAAUAUAUAAGAAAUUUAGAAAAAUUAGGUGCCAAAAUAUCCAGCACAAUACUUGUAUAUUUUUAGUAUCGUACAGAACUAAAAUCCCAGGAACUAU